CGAAGACCACCUGCACUGGCGGAGGACACUAGCACACCACUCAGUGCAGUAGGGAGAACAGCCGCGCUCAACUGCCAAGGGCAACCUUCAAGGAUGAUUGACUAUUUGAACGGGUCUUGGUAAGACCUUUCCAACGAGUGGUCGCAACCAGGGUCCGAAGUGCGUCCUUGUGGGUCCAUGCAUACAAAGUCUGAAAUGAGUCCGUUUGCGUCCAUAAGCGUCCAUAAGAACCCCUUUGGACCCUGGCUGGACCUUUGUGGACGAAGGAUGGACGCCAACCCCGGACCCCAACGGACGCAUCACGGACGCUCACGGACCCCAACGGACGCCAUCCUCCAUCGGCUGCCGCACCUCACCGUCCUCGACAUCGACGAGGAGAUGUCGGACGACUUCCUGGACGCGCUGGACGGCAAGGUGGUGCCCGGACUCGAGAAGCUGUUCGCGCGACUGCCACCGAACGCCUACUGCGAGCACGCCGAGCUGCACAUCGAGGAGGAUCGCAUGCGCCACGUGAUGCGGAGGUACCCACGCCUGCAUGUCAUGUUCAAAGAGGUGCAGAGGAACAAAUGCAGCGGUUGCGGGUUCUGCACGAGCAACCCGUGCCACGCUGACCUGGAUCCUUACGGAGCGCCGUGCGCCCUGCACAGCCACCAGGGACGCUGCAAUGUCGUCCUCGUGUACCACGAGAAGGACCCCGAUCCGCCGAGGGCCGAUGACAUAUUCGUUGAUACCACCAUCUUCCCCGAAAAAGUUGACCCUAUAAUUAGGUUUAUCCCAUUUUAA